AUGCACGCCAAUGACGUCUACGACGUCGUGCCUCGCGCUGACCUUCCCAAGGGCCACAAGCUGCUCCGUACUAUGGUCAUCUUUUCGACGCAGCGUGAUGACCAUGCCAUUCGCACCAUGCUCGCCAUGGCCGUCGCGCGUGGCAUGGACAUCCAGCAGAUGGACGUCAACACGGCGUUCCUCAACGCGCCCGUGGAUCACGAGAUCUACGUCCAGCCACCGGCCGUCGACGGCAUCUUCUCGCCGAAUACAGUCCUGCGCCUCAAGCGCGGGCUGUAUGGGCUGAAGCAGAGCCCGCGCCUGUGGAACCACACGCUGGACGCCUGGAUGCGCGAGCAGGACUUCGUCGCCACAGCCACGGACGCCUGCAUCUACCGCCGCACCUGCAAGGGUGGCAAGAUGAUGUGGGUUGCCGUCUACGUGGACGACCUGCUCAUCUUCGCCGACAGCGACAGCGACAUGGCCGCGUUCAAGAAGGCCAUCUCCAAGCGCUUCAAGAUGAAGGACCUGGGCAGCCCAGACAUAUGUCUCGGCAUCAAGGUGCAGCACGACCGCAAGGCCAGGACCGUCACCAUGAGCCAGGAACACUACCUGUGCAACGUGCUGGAGAGCUUCGGCAUGGCUGACUGCAAGCCGGUCGGCACGCCGCUCUGCACGGGCUACGUCGACAAGCCGGCCGACAAGGAGGAGCCACUGCCGGACGUGCCGUUCCGCGAGCUGCUUGGCUCCCUCCUCUAUGCUGCGACGAUGACGCGCCCAGACAUCUCAGCGGCUGUCUCCAUCCUGUCUCGCCGCAUGCAGCACUUCAGCAUGGACCACUGGAAGGCUGCCAAGCACCUUCUUCGCUACAUCAAGGGCACCUUGUCCUACACCAUCAAGUACGCCGCCACUGGCGACACCAGCAACGGCAGCACUGCCGACGGCGUGCUCUCAGCGUACUCGGAUGCGUCCUUUGCCUCCGACGUUGACACGCGACGUUCCCGCACGGGCUUCGUCGUCUUCUGUUCCACGGGCCCCGUGUCCUGGAACUCCAAGCUGCAGGCCACUGUGGCCACAGCCUCCGCCGACGCGGAGUACAUGGCUCUCGCAGCCACCGCACAGGAACUCAUGUUCCUUCGCCAACUCCAGGAGGAGCUCACCGGCGCCGUCCUGUGCGAGCCCACGCUCGUCCACACGGACAACCAGCCGGCGCAGCGCGUUGCCGAACACGCCGCCUCGCGCAUGCGGCACAUCCUCGUCAAGUACCACUACAUCCGCGAGUGCGUCGACACCAAGAGGAUUGUGCUGAGCUACCUCGCCACGGAGCACAUGAUCGCAGAUCUCCUCACGAAGAUCCUCCCUCGGCCCAAGACGGCUCAGUUCUGCACGAUGCUGUUCGACCAGCGUCCUCUGCCAGGUUGCCAGCCACGGGCCCGUCCUCAUUCGGGCCGGUCGCCACGUCCUUCGACUCCGCGUCAGGACCUCUGA